AUGGCUAAGUACUCUCUCUACGUUGUUACUCUCCUCUUUACUUUCAUUUCUAUUUCAAUGGCAGCCAAACUCCAAACUUUAGAAGAAGAAGAGAAGUUCAUCAAAAGCUUAGAACAACAAGCGAAGUUCUUCAUUCCUCCAGGAACAAUUUUUCCGAAUGUUGCAGAAUGUUGGCGAUCGAUAUUAAAGGUUGAGGGUUGCGCAACCGAUCUCUUCACCUCCUUCUUCACAUUCCAAUUUCGAUUGAGCCGCGGGUGCUGUGAGGCUGUGAAAGAGAUUGGCGAAAAGUGCUUUUUGAACAUCUUCUCCAACUUUCCUUUCAACCCACAAUUUCCCCCACUUCUUGAGGCAUUUUGCAGCACUAUAAAAGCUCCGAAGCGUAGCUCGUCGCCGCCACUUGCAUCAUGA